ACUCUCACUCACACACACCCAAGCACGCUCUCUCACACAUUCGCUCAGGCUCUCUCACACAGACUCUCUACUUAGUGCGCUGGAGAGAGGACUGAGGCUCACACUAUCAGCAAAGCUUCUCAAUGGGGGGACGCAGCCAAGAGCAGACAGAGCAGUCAUUCCACUGGAGUCUUCCGCCGCAUGCGUGAGAAGGAGACGACAAGUAAGGGGGCUAAAUUAGCUCCCUGUCAUCACAACAGUAGAGUUCUGCAGACGGAGCAGAGACACGGGCUGAAGGAAGGCAGAGAGCAAGAGAUCUGUGAUCGCAUGUGGCAGAUACAGCAGUGACAUGAUCAGCCUCCCAUCCUGUCCAGUUUGUUACUUAGACCUCAGGCUGUUUUUUCUCCUCACUGUUUGCACUCGGAAGUGAGAAGCAGGGGUCCAGAGGAGACUGUGUUGAGGGAAAAGAAGAGCAUUUCAGCACCCCUUUUUUUUUGUGUAUUGUUAAGCUUUUCUGGGACCGGAAUUUCAGGCGGGAACCCCUUGCUUCAAAGUAUGGAUGUAUUUAAGACAGAGGAGUGAGUCUGCAGUGAUUCUGGCUGAGCUCCUUUCCUCCUGAACACAUUGCUCAGACCCGGCCUCACCAUGUCCUGGUUGUUGGCCAUGUGGAUUAGCCUGGGCUUCCUGCUGCUGUGCCAGGCCACACUCUACCAGACCAUCCAGCAGCACCAUGUGGCCCGGCCCGGUCGCACAGACAUCCUCACCCUGGAGGGAGGUACGUGUGAGGUGAUUGCCGCCCACCGGUGCUGUAACAAGAAUCGAAUUGAGGAGCGUUCUCAGACAGUCAAGUGCUCCUGUUUACCGGGGAAAGUCGCCGGAACGACACGCAACAAACCCUCCUGUGUGGAUGCGUCCAUUGUAAUUGGGAAAUGGUGGUGUGAGAUGGAACCGUGUCUGGAGGGAGAAGAGUGUAAGACUCUGCCUGACAACUCUGGAUGGAUGUGCUCCUCCGGGAACAAAAUCAAGACCACAAGAAACACCCAGCCAUACUCCCCUUUUUAGCCUCUGGAAGCAAAAUGCAGAGGAUGCGUCAACAGAAAUUGAGCUGCAUUCUUGCUUCUGUAAAGAUUCAUCCAAGGACCUAACAGAGAGCUCCCAUUGCAGGGCUGCGUGCCAGGCUUUUCCCCUCAUCUACCCUUUCUCUCUUCUCUGAACGGACUAAAACUAUUACAUCCACGGCAACCGACUGGAUUACCUGGGACCACAGAAAGGAUAUCCACCCAGAUAAAAACAGCUUUGCUCGUGUGGUGCCAAGGAUUUGAAACUAGACUAAUCCCUUGUUUGAUCAAUGAGCCUCAUGUUGGUGACUCUCCUCUUCCUCACAGCUGUGGCCAGUUUCAGACCGACUCUGUCUCUGUUUCUCUCCCUCUGCUCACCCUUAGAAACUGAUUCAGUUUUGCAGGGGGUAAUUUAGAGGUGGUUAAAACAUUAUUGAUAGGCGUACACCCUGCCCAAAGGUAAUCCGGUGGAGGAACAUGGACACAGAACUAAGGGCCGAUGGAAGGAAAUAACCUUAAUAUCCUUUUAAUGUCUGUGUGGAAGGCAUUCGUAUUUGACUCGCUACCCCAGCUGGACGUCCUUGCUUUGAAACACUCAGAUGAGAAUUGUUUAAAAAACACUGGGUUUACAGUGACCGAGACCUCGAGCAGCCUGAUAAGCUGUUUAAGAGGUCUUCUGGCUUCACCUUCAUCCUUCAUGAUGGACAUUUUGAUUUUAUUUGAGGGCAUGUCCGAUGUAAAUUCAUGAGCACUUCUUUUCUUUGUAUGUAAGAUAAUUGUGUAUAUAUACAUAUAUAAAUACAUGACCUAUAAGAUGACAGAUCCAAGAAGCUGAAAAAUAUAUAUUUAAGAAUUUGGAAAUUUGAUCAGCCACUGAGUGUAUUCAGAGACUGUUGUCCCAGUAUGUUGUGUGUUGGACUGCUUUGCAUUGGAAAAAAGCCACUGUGGAGUCAUAACAGUAAGUAUUGGUCCCUUUCGUUUUUCAGCAAUGUCCUUGGUUAAGCCCCAAAGUGCUUGUGGUUUCUGUAAAAAUGAGGAAAACACUGUACAGAACUGCCUCACAAGAGAAAACCGCACUAGGAACAACCCCCUGAGCGUUGCACUCAGAUGCAUUAGGGACAUAAAACAGCAGCAGAAAAACUUGGAGCAUAAUCGGACAGUCAUGGGCGACUGCCUGACUGUGUUUCUUCUGUAGAUCUCCCUCGCGAAGCGCAGAGAAAGAUGAUUUAUUUGAGUUGACAGCAAGAAAGUAUUAGUCACAAUGGAGAAACAUACAGUUACCCCCAAGUAGAUAAAAGUACAUUACAGGACGGCCUUAUGAGAAAUAAAAAAUGGUUUUCUAUACUGAUA